ACGAACUGUGUUUGUGGCACUCGAAUUUGGGACACAUUCCUGUAAAGGACGCAGCUCCGGUCAGCUGCUGUUCGACACCAAAAAGAAGCCAAUAGAAAAACGCGCGCGGUGCAGUUAGCCCUUAACUUCUGAAAGUGAAAAUAAAAUACUACAGAUACAGUGGCAAAUGCGGUGACCCAACCACAAGUGGAAUAAACCAUACAGUGUACUAAAACAAGUAUAGUAUAUACUUGGAAGGGUCAAAAUAUCCUUUGGCAAAAUCGGAAAAGGGAAAGCUGCAGCAGUGCUCCUGUUUGGCAAAUAUUGAUUGGCAAAUGUGUUGCUGAAAAAUCGAUUAUUAAAGCCACUUUCCACACACAGCUGGUGGUUGUUGUUGUUGUUGUUGCAAGGAUGGAGGUGGUUUCAGGGGUGGCGGCGGUGGUUGCAUAGGCGAGGGUUGCGUGCCGCAAUGUGGGAAAUCAACAGCAGCAACAUUGGCACAUCCAGAGGCACACUUCCAACUGUUUUGACGUGGUCGAGUUCCAAUGGCGCUGGCUCCACCGAAUGCUGCAGCGCAGCCUUGCAGCCAUCCAGCGGCGACGCGUUGCAUGUGCAGCAGCAACAGCAACAGCAGCAACAGCAGCAGCAUGAACAGCAGCAUGAACAGCAACAGCAACAGCAACAGCAGCAACAACAGCAACAGCAGCAGCAGGAUACGAAAACGAGGAUGACAACGACCACAGGCAACCGCGGAGGACACAGAUACAGAAACACAGGCACGGUCACCGAUACACAGCAACAAUUGCUGCACAAUAGCCAGGCAACUGCAGCAUAUUUUGGCUGUUAAAAACAAAAUAAAACUAGAGAAAACCAAAAGACAAACUCUAAAACCAAUACAAAUUGAAACCAUUAAGUUAUAACUCAAACCAAAUGCAUCGCACAAAGUUACGUUAAGUAUACGACGCGUAUUUCCAGCUGCAAAGCGAACCAAAACGAACCGAACGAAACCAAACCAAACCAAACCAAACCAAACCAAACGAAACGAAACGCACAGGUGCAUCUGCACACCCCACUACGCCCCUGAAAAAAACCCCCCUUUCGUCGCUCAACCCCCUCAGCCCCCUUCAUUGGCCCAACCCCUGUGGGGUAUCUACACCAAUUGACAAGCAAUCGAGGCAAUGCAGAAUGAAUCAACUUAUUUAGUCGACAACUUUUAAGUGCACUUUCGUAAGGCUGAUUUUGAAUUUAUUUCGAUGUUGUGCUUCUACACCCCCCAAAAACAAAACGAAAAACAACCCAAAAACAAUCCAAAAACAACCCAAAAACAACCCGAAAGACCAACGAGCAACAAAGAGCAAUGAACCAAGUGAAAGUGUGAGAGUGAGUGUUUAGUGUUUAGUGCGUAAGCCAA